AAAUACAAAACAUGGAUACCAGCGCGUGGGUCAAAAAGGUCAAGUCUGCGAAAGCGACUGUCAUUAUUGAGGAUGGAAAGCGUAAGGUUCACUUCUUAUUUCCCGAAGGUUUGCAAAUGGUUGAAGAAUAUGACUUGUCUACCCAUAAUUUACUGACAAGGAAAUUUAGAAGCAAAACCGUACUUGGUGGGGACGGGCAGUGGGAAUAUGAAGUUGGAGAAUCACUUAGGAGAGAAAACCAGUUUUCAGAGCAUCUAAUGGAGUCAUCACAAGCUCCACUGUUCAGUCGUAGUGAUGUUCCACAUGCAUUCCAAUGGCGUAUCCGUAACUUACCUUACCCGUUAGAUGUGUACAGAGUUUCCAUUGAAGAUGGAAAUAUCUUAUUGCGGACCACCAACAAAAAAUAUUACAAAAAGUUCAACAUUCCGGAUAUGACCCGAAUGGGUUUACCCCUAAACGAAAAGUCCAUAUCAUUAACCCAUGCUAACAAUACUCUUCUGAUUUCGUACAAAAAGCCGGAAGAAAUAUUAGAAAACGAAAAACUAGUCCGGCAAUAUGUAAGUACAUUAAAGCCAGUAGAGCAACAAGAAGACUGCAAGACAUCCUGACCAAAUAUAAUAGUUUACUUAGUUCUUACAAUAUUUUCCGAUGUGUUAUGACUCAGCUUCUUGUUUUGCCCUCGCACAUCCGAAAAGACAACUGGCUGUCAGCAAUUUCGGACGUGGAAAGUGUGCCAGCUCAGGUUGCCAGAAUACAUCAGGAGCGUAGUCAGAAUUUAUGAAAAUGAAUACCAUGGUAGUAGCUGUUUCAGUUACAGCGAAAAAGAUCAGCCACAAGCAAUAUAACUUGUGGAAAGAUGAAUGAGUUGAAUAAAAAUUAAGGUAAUUUCUAAACCAAAGAUUAAAUGGCCCCUUUGGGAUCGAUUCUGUGUUGUCAUCUGUCGACUUAGAGGAAUAGUCAGUGAGAUCAUUGACUGAAGCUUGUUAUUUCACCUGCUAUUUUUAUACUAGUAAUUUACGUAGAUUAAAAAAAACUUUUCCAAGCAUAUGUGUGAGUAAUUAGAAUGUCAUUGUUUG